AUGGACAACUUCGGCCGCCCAACGGGACCAACGCUUGGCUUCUUUGGUGCCGCUGCAUCUGUGGGCGGCAUCAUUAGUUGUCUCAUCAGUGGCCCUCUGAAGGAGCGAUUCGGACGACGACCAAUGGUUUCGGCGGGAGCCGUCUUGGUGGUUGGAAUGGCUAUAAUGCAAGCCUUUUCCACCAACUUCCACAUGUUUGUCGCUGGGAAGCUUCUGAUCGGGCUAGGCUCCUUCUCCCAGCAGGUAGCUGCUCCAGUGCUUGUUUCCGAGCUUGCACACCCUAAGCAGCGAGUGGCCUUGAGCUCUUUGUAUAGUACCAGCAUCUUCAUCGGUCUUAUUAUCGGUAGCUGGGCAACUUUUGCCACCUAUUCCAUGAACUCAAAUUGGUCCUGGAAGCUGCCAUGCCUCCUGCAGGCCGCUUUACCUGCUUACCAAGCAGUCAUGGCAUGCUUUUGCCCCGAGAGCCCAAGGUGGCUUAUUUUCAAGGGGCGCAUCGAGGAAGCCCGUGCCAUUUUGAUCAAAUAUCAUGGCAAUGGCGUCGAGACUGAGAUCGUCAAGCUUGAGCUACAAGAGAUGAUUGCUGGUGUCGAGGCCGACAAGACCAUACUGAAAUUCAACAUCGACGGCCUUAAGAGCAUUUUCGGGACAAAGGGUAACCGCCACCGAUUGUGGCUCUGCUUAUGGACAGCAAUCGGCUCGCAGACAAUCGGUGGAGGGUUUACCGCCAACUAUCUGCCCCUUAUCCUCGACCAGAUUGGCAUGAAGUCCCAAAAGCAAAAGACGCUGAUAAAUGCCUUGCUCAACGUGUGGAACUGGGUCGUGGCAUUCAUCGCAGCUUUUAUCAUUCCCAAGGUCGGCCGCCGAACUAUUUUUCUUAUUUCAUCUAUCGGCGUCAACGUUACCUUCGUCAUCUGGACCAUUUUGUCGGCUUUGUGCGAUCAGACGCCUCAUGUGGGGCUCGGAAUCGGCGUUCUCGUCAUGAUAUGCGCGGGCGCCUUCUUCGUCUGUCUCUGCUGGAUUCCUCUGGUCAUUGCAUACCCCAUCGAGACCGUCACCACAAAGCAACGCGGUAUGUACUUUGCCAUUACACUUUUUACAAUCAACAUCACGAGCUUCACCAGUUCUUACUUGAGUCCCAUUGGUAUUACGAAUAUCGGGUGGCGUUACUACAUCUUCAGCUGUAUCUGGAAUGCCAUUCUUCUCGCGGUUGUUUACUUCACGUUUGUGGAGACGACCGGUUUGACUUUGGAGGAGAUCGCCGGUAUCUUCGAUGGUACUGACGCCUAUGAUGCUGCGGCUGCUAUAGGUCAUGGCCUUGAAAAGGAUGAAGGGCUUGUGAGCAUCGGUCUGCAAGUCGAGAAGGCUUAA